AUGGUGUUAAAAAGUAAACAUACAGUAGAUGAGAAUACCCUUCACAUCACAUCUAUCUUCCAAAACACAGGAGAUGACGCAGUCAUCAACCAUCUAGUCGACACCGGCGAGGAGAUUCUUGUCUCCUUAGGCUACAAACAAGAAUUCAAAAGAGAAUUAUCAAUAUGGUCAUCUUUUGGAGUUUCGUUUUCCUGUCUAGGUCUCUUGCCAUCGAUCGCAUCGACUCUGGGUUAUAAUCUUGGGUAUAGUGGAACAGCGGGCUCGGUAUGGGGAUGGCUCGUUGCGGGUAUCUUGAUACAAUUUGUAGCAUUUGCGAUGGCGGAAUUGUGUUCGAGUAUGCCGACGGCGGGGGGUCUUUAUUAUGCUUCGGUUGUUUUGGCACCGGAGGGUUAUGGACCUUUGUGUUCCUGGAUAACCGGAUGGUCGAAUUUUGCUGGUGAAUUAACAGCACCGUGUGCGGUGAACUAUGCACUUGCGGCUAUGAUAUUAACAGCUGCUCAAAUUGUUCAUCCGGAUUAUGUUGUUCAAACAUGGCAUGUAUAUCUUUUACUUUUGGCUUUGCUAGUCUUACAAGGUCUUCUGGCUAUGAAUUCUACUAAGUUUAUUGGAGUGCUGAAUACAGUUGGAACUAUCACGAAUGUGAUUGUACUCUUAAUUUUUGUCAUUUGGUUCCCAGCGGGUUCGAUCAAUGAACCGAAGACAAAUCCAAGUAGUAUCGUGUGGACUUCUGAGGGUAUUGUUAAUGGGACAGAAUGGCCUACUGGAUUUGCUUUUUUGAUGGGUUUCUUGUCUGUUAUUUGGACAUUGUCUGGUUAUGAUGCACCAUUUCAUUUGAGUGAGGAGUGCUCAAAUGCAAAUAUUGCUGGUCCAAGGGCUAUUGUCAUGACAGCUCAGUUAGGACUGUGGCUUGGUUGGGCAAUUAUUUUGGUCAUUACGUAUACUGUGAAGGAUAUCCAAGAUGUCGUUUCUGGUCAGUAUGGGCAACCUAUGGGAAGCUUGUGUCUCCAAGUACUUGGCCCAAACGCUGCACUUGCGAUGUUUUCACUCAACAUGGUCGCUCAGUUUUUUGUUGGGCAAGGUGUCACAGUCGUCUCAUCCCGCGUUGUCUACGCCUAUUCCCGCGAUGGUGCUCUCCCUGGUUCCCAUUGGCUCAAACAAGUAAACCCUCACACCAAAACACCCGUCUACGCCGUUUGGUUUGUCCUCACUCUAGGUGCACUUCUUGGUCUUCUGAUGUUUGCUAGCCCGGUGGCUAUUGGGGCUGUUUUUAGUAUGGGUGCUAUUGCGCAAUACAUUGCUUUUGUAUUCCCUAUUGCGUUGAAAGUUUUUAGCGCAAAGGGGAAGUUUCGUCCUGGUCCCUGGAAUCUAGGUCGUUUCUCAACACCCAUUGGUGUCGUGGCCGUCGGAUGGGUAUCCCUCAUUAUUCCCAUUCUCUGCUUCCCCUCAGUUACAGGAGCAGAUCUAAAUGAUCUGAAUAUGAAUUACACAUGUUUAAUAUACGGAGGUACAAUGACUUUGGCUAUGUGUUGGUAUGCGAUUAGUGCUCGGAAAUGGUUCAAAGGGCCAAAGAUCAAUGUGGAGCACAUGCUUCAUAGAGAUGGCUCCGCGAAUGGGUCUCGGAAUGGGGAGAUGGACGACGCUAUUGUGGGAAAAUAUGGGCAAACGGUGGGUGAGGAUGGAUCGGAUGAGACUAGGGAGGGGAAGGAGUUGAAUGGGUGA